AUGGAUCGGUGGAACAUUUUUUCCAAUGGAGUGUAUUGCAACGAGUACGAACAGGACAUACUGGAAACACUGAAGGAAUGUGAAAGAUACAGAAGAACCGUGUAUUUCGUAUCGCCUCAGCUAAAAUAUCGAACAGCUACUGUUCGGUUGAUUGAAAAAGUAUGCGAACAGCAAUCCUAUCGUCGGGAUACUCUCCAUUUGGCUAUCUACCUUUUGGACGUGUUUAUGUGUAACCAUGCGAUACCCAACUGUCGGCUUGGUCUUGUAGCCUUAACGUGUCUGUAUGUGGCUUGUAAAAUCGAAGAAAAUGAACCGAAUGUGCCCACGAUUUUGAAAUUGAAUAGGAUCUUGGCGAACGCGUACACGCCAGCCGAUUUCACCGCUAUGGAAGUGACGAUCUUGACCUUCUUCGACUGGCAUAUAACCAUCCCGACGGCGUCCACCUUUCUGGACAUAUUUUUGCAGAACAGUUUCAACCAGGAGGAUUACAACGACAUGCCGAAGAAUUUGGAGACUGAACAGACGUCAGUCGAGCGGAUCGCACAAGCAAUACAAGAUGCCAGUGAUAUGUUUUUGAAGAACAGUUUGCAACAGUUAAAACUGUGUAAUAUUAAGCCGUCAUUACUUGCGGCUGGCUGUGUGGCAGCAGGUCGUUUCAACAUCAAAAACAUGCCUGUUUGGAACGACCGUCUAGUGCGUAUAACUGGAUAUGAUUAUGACGACAUUCAUUCAAUUUGUAAACUGCUUCUGUUCGCAUCAUUCCCCCAAUCAACGGCAUUGAUUGGUACACCCUAUCCUGAUGCAGGAUACCUGUCUGAAUGCCACGAAACGGAUGAAGACAAUAGUUCAUAUAGUAGUGGCCAGUCAAGUAACAUCACGAGCGAGGAUAUUGACAACACGACAAUCACUAACAUCUGUAGCGAAGCUACUAUCGACAAAGGUGUAAUAGGUUCUGCGAACGAUACUGGUGAGCCGAGCGCUAAAAAACGAAAAAUAGUGGUUGUCGAUUGGUCUUCUCAGUGA